GGGGUCGCUCGCGCGGCCGCGGUGGCCGAGGCCUCUGGGUUCUGCGGCACGUGACGGUCGGCUCUCCUCUGCCGCCGUCUCUCCUGCAGCGCGGGGCCGGGCGUGUGGGUGGAAGGCGUCGGCAUCACUGGCCGGAGAUCAUGGAAAGGAAGUGGUUACUGUGUAUGCUACUGGUCCUUGGAACGGCUGUCAUCCAGGCUCAUGAUGGACAUGAUGAUGAUAUGAUUGAUAUUGAAGAUGACCUUGAUGAUGUCAUUGAAGAGGUAGAAGACUCGAAAUCCACACCAGACGCCAGCACUCCUCCCCCGUCCCCAAAGGUGACCUACAAAGCUCCAGUUCCAACGGGGGAAGUAUAUUUUGUGGAUUCCUUUGACAGAGGAACUUUGUCAGGGUGGAUUUUGUCCAAAGCCAAGAAAGAUGAUACUGAUGAUGAAAUUGCUAAAUAUGAUGGAAAAUGGGAGGUUGAUGAAAUGAAGGAAACCAAGCUUCCAGGCGAUAAAGGACUGGUCUUGAUGUCUCGGGCCAAGCACCAUGCCAUCUCUGCUAAACUGAGCAAGCCUUUCCUGUUUGACACCAAGCCCCUCAUUGUUCAGUAUGAGGUUAAUUUCCAGAAUGGAAUAGAAUGUGGUGGUGCUUAUGUGAAGCUGCUUUCCAAAACACCCGAACUCAACCUGGACCAAUUCCACGACAAGACCCCUUACACAAUUAUGUUUGGCCCAGAUAAAUGUGGAGAGGAUUAUAAAUUGCACUUCAUCUUCCGCCACAAAAACCCCAAAACAGGGGCAUAUGAAGAAAAGCAUGCUAAGCGGCCAGAUGCAGAUCUGAAAACCUAUUUCACCGAUAAGAAGACGCAUCUCUAUACAUUAAUCUUGAAUCCAGAUAAUAGUUUUGAAAUAUUAGUUGACCAGUCUGUCGUGAACAGUGGAAAUUUGCUUAACGAUAUGACUCCGCCUGUAAAUCCUUCACGUGAAAUUGAAGACCCAGAAGACCGGAAACCUGAGGAUUGGGAUGAAAGACCAAAAAUACCAGAUCCUGAUGCUGUGAAGCCCGAUGACUGGGAUGAAGAUGCUCCUGCUAAGAUUCCAGAUGAGGAAGCCACAAAACCUGAAGGAUGGUUGGAUGAUGAGCCUGAAUAUGUCCCUGACCCUGAUGCAGAGAAGCCAGAAGAUUGGGAUGAAGACAUGGAUGGUGAGUGGGAGGCUCCUCAGAUUGCCAACCCUAAAUGUGAGUCGGCUCCUGGCUGUGGUGUCUGGCAGCGCCCUAUGAUUGACAAUCCCAAUUACAAGGGCAAGUGGAAGCCUCCCAUGAUUGACAAUCCUAACUACCAGGGAAUCUGGAAACCUAGGAAAAUACCAAAUCCAGAUUUCUUUGAAGACCUCGAACCAUUCAAAAUGACUCCUUUCAAUGCUAUUGGUUUGGAGCUGUGGUCCAUGACCUCUGACAUUUUUUUUGACAACUUUAUCAUUUCUGGCGACAGAAGAGUGGUGGAUGACUGGGCCAAUGACGGGUGGGGACUAAAGAAAGCUGCUGAUGGGGCUGCCGAGCCAGGUGUAGUAGGACAGAUGAUUGAGGCUGCAGAGGAGCGCCCAUGGCUCUGGGUGGUCUACAUUCUGACUGUGGCUCUGCCUGUGUUCCUUGUUAUCCUCUUCUGCUGUUCUGGAAAGAAACAGCCCAGUGCUAUGGAGUACAAAAAGACUGAUGCUCCUCAACCAGACGUGAGAGAGGAAGAGGAGAAGGAGGAAGAAAAGGACAAGGGAGAUGAGGAGGAGGCAGAAGAGAAGCUGGAAGAAAAACAGAAGAGUGAUGCUGAAGAAGAUGGUGGCACUGUCAGUCAAGAGGAGGAAGAGAGGAAACCUAAAGCAGAAGUAAAGCAAGAGGAGGAUGAAAUUUUGAACAGAUCACCAAGAAACAGAAAGCCACGAAGAGAGUGAAACAAUCUUAAGAACUUGAUCUGUGAUCUCUCCCUCCCCUUCCCUUGCAAGUGUGGUCCUGGAGAGGACCUGGCACAUCUUAGGUUGACACUCAGAAAACCUCAAGACGUCACCAUCAGCAGGUCCCAGUUGAACACUAGUCUCUGUGAUUUUAAACAUCUAGCAGUAAAUAAUUGCAGUUGUGACACAAAGGACCCUGUUUGUAGAAAACAUUGAACAUAAUGGUUGUAAGAUGUAACAUGAAGCAACUAACUUGUAUUUUUGUUUUUAAACACUUUGUUUUUUAAGAUAGAAUAAUAGAAUUUUGCCAGUCUUUAAAACCUUGGCUUAAUUUACUAUAUUAAUCUGUCCAUUCGGAAAUAAUACCAACUUCAGAAUGCAAAGGGGGUGAAUUGCAGUUUUUACAACUUUUUUUUUUUAAGUUUGGUAAUUGGUGAUACAAAAAACAUUUGAGUGUCUCUGUCCCUCAAGACUGAUGAUGAUCAUGUCAGAGUGCAGCCAUCUGUGGUGAUAAUCUUGUUUUGCUUGCUUCCAUUGCUCAGUUCCUGCUAAGGAAAUUGAGGUGAGGGAUUGGAUGGAAGCCUAAAUUUAUAUAAGCAUUCUGUUUAAGUUGUAUUAAAAAUAGACUUUAAAAAAAAAAAACUUUUUCACUGGAUGUUGGUUAGACCAUAACGUGUGUAUAUUGCCUUGGGCCUGCAAUGAGUGGAGGUGGCUUGGUGCCUUGGGCAUGUGGAGCGUUCUGGACUGCUGCUGCCAGAGCAGAUGCAGCAGGGCAUGUGGGCUCCAGAGUAGAUGCGCUCAUCACUCUUGACUGUGUUGACACUGUUUUCCUCACCCAUGUCCCCACGUUCCCAGCUCUCUCCUUUGCUAUGCAUCUUCACAGCGCAGCUUCCAGUCCGUUGCUGAAAAUAACUAUAAGCUCUGCAUAGUGUUAAGCUUUAUUGUGAUUGCGUGUAUGUUUCUUUUUUUAAAAGCAGACCCACACCUUUCCAGGGUCAAAGUACAGCAUAAAAUAUACAUUUCCAUUUCUUUUACUCUGUGGAAAGACUUUAGAAGUCUGAUCCAGAGGUGAGCCAAUUCACAAUUGACUAAUUGAACACAGGAUAAAAGUAUUUAUGAGAGGAGUGACAUAUAGCAUGACUUAUCACAUUUCUGUAGCUGCUAAAUAUUUUAAGUCUUCAUUUGAAAUUCAUGUAACAGUUGGGUCUUAAAUUACAUAAUAAAGCAGUCCUUUCAAUUUUUUUAACAUGGUUUGUAGAAAUUUUUUUUUUAAGUGAUCAUAGGUUUGUUUUUUCCCCGAGGAAUGCAGAUGGGUGCUAUUGGGAAUCUCCCUAUCACUAGCUAUCAUCACACCGCAUUGAAGCGAUUCAGGAUUCGAUGGGAUUUUAGCUUUAGUCUUUCUUCAGAGCAUUUCAAAUGUGCCCAUGAAAUUGUUUCUUGCACUGAAUAUAUAAACACUCACAGUGUUUAUAUUGGGGAUUUUUUUGGGGGGAAGGAAGUAUAUUUGUAAAAGAUGAAGGUUGAACCGUUUAUCGCUUAAAUUCCUCUGAGGGUGGGGUGCGUUUUUGUUGCUGUUCAGUGCUUAUUCUUUUCAUCUGCUGUUCUGUGGUCACAGUGACCUUAGCUAUGUAGCAGACUUUCCCAAUGUAUUGAGUGCAAAUAAACAGUUACUUAGCAAGACCUGAA